AUGAUAGAUGUGACAGGAGUCGAGGACGUACCACUCGCUUUGAGGGCGACCGAAAAACUGCGCUACGGCCGAACAAGUCCAACUCAACGUUUGGGUUGGGAAAACCGUCAUCGCUGGCAACAGACAGAUUGGGAUGCAGUCAAGAGAAAUCCGGAACUCCUGAGAUUCCCUAUGUCAGGAUGGCUCUACGAUGCUGAUGCACGCCAAUAUGCUUAUGGUAAUGCCCAAGCGGCGAUUGCUCACAUCAAGACAAGGGCGCCUUUUACAAACACAAACGUUCCUGAAGGCCACGUGCAUCAGGAAUGGACAAUGGAUGAACUUGCCGCCUUAUUGGGCUCCGGCAAACCCGAAGAUGUCUUUUAA